AUGACCUCCAGGGCUGUCGGUUGCUGGCGGCUUCAACCGCUUCUCAACCGCGACAGUCCCUCUCACCGCACGUAUGCCAACCGUACUAUUAUCAGCUUGGGCGUAGGUGUUGGCAACUCGUGCAGCGGGCUGCCCUUACGAGGCCUGAUGCUAGAAAGAACAGCCGCUAGCCUGGAAUCACGCAAUCUCCAGCGCGUUUUUUCUAAGCCGGCUCGAGCCUCGAGACGUUGCAGGCAGCUCCAUACGGGAUUUUGGCAGCAUGGAGCCUCCGCAAUUGAGCUGUUCAGUAUCUGGCCUGCUCCAACCAGAGGCGCCCCGGAAGAACAUGAGAUUGUUGAUCCAUCUACUCAGCCUUUGCAGGCCGGGCUCUUGGCGUCGACAUUUCUUCUCGACUUUCUGUACCCAAGUGGGACAUAUGCCUAUCUAAGGCGUCUAUACCCGUCGCUCCCGCGGACUCAAAACGAGAAUAAGCCUACAGGAGCAUCAAGGAGAAGAACCUUUUCAUCAAUGGCUGCUACAGAGGUGGACACAAGGGUUGCAUCGUUUCGUUGCAGCAAGAGUCUCGGCCGGGUGACCGACCGAACUGGGGAAUAUAUGCCACGGGCUGGCUCAGGUGCAGUCCGUAUCCAGACCUCGGAUGUGUCUGCAAAUAAAAUACGGUCUACGAGCCACGGCUCUCGGCGAGAAUCCAUCAAAGCGAACGACACUUCACGGUCGAGCCGCAAGGCACACCCCGAAAUUCUAAAAGAUUUGCUCAGCAGACCGGAAGAGAAGAACUACCAUGAUGUAUGGGAUCUAUAUUGUAGGUUGGAUGAAAGCCACAAACAAGAUUUACGGGCAUUAGUCGUCAUAUAUCUGUCUACGUCCCAUGGCUCUGUAGAGAUGGGCCGAGCCGUCUCACUACUUCGACAAAUACCCAUCGAACUGUGGGACAAAAAGCUGCAAGCUGCAGGUGUUUUACUGUACCUGCGUGCUGGAGAUAGGACAGCCGCGAUCGACGUAUUCAAUACCGGACUUGCGACAAAGUCUUCCGGAGCAGGAUUCAAAUCCAUCUUGGAAUAUGCUAUUAUCAACAAAGAGUGGUCAAUUGCACUAAAGGUGUGGCUAGACUAUAAUUCACAUCUCACGAGAAGUCACAUGACAACCUCAUCUAUUUACGCCGACGUACCAUUGCUAAAAUUGGUUCCCGACUUGGCUCAACUAUACUUUUCAUUUGAACAUUACUUGGCAGUCGAAGCAGCUGGUCCCGUCAAAGCAAUUCAUCUAUACGAGGAUACACGUCACGGGCUUCGGGCGCUCCGUCGCUGGUUGGCACAACAAGUUUUACGACAGCCAUGUUCGCCUCGACAGGCAAAGACGAUUCUUCAAAUAUGGAACGACGAGAAGUUAUAUAGGUCAUAUCUCUUCCGUAUGCUAAGGCGCUGGAACGACGGGCUUGAAACCAGAGCAAGCCUGGCUAUGCUCCCUGAGAUCUAUCGGCAAUACCGCACGAUGUACCACGCGAAACCGCCUCGUUUCUUACUACGACAAAUGUUCAACUUUUAUUACCCGGCAGAUGCGGCUGGCUUGGCACAAAUCUAUUCCGAUUGGUACCAAGCCUGGGGUGAUCUUGAUCAGUGGGGAUAUGAGAAGUUUUUAAAAUUUCAUUCCACCACGGGGGAUGUCCCAGCCGUCAAAGAUCUGUGGGCAAGGUACACGAAACUUUUUCCGGAAGCUCUGAAGACGCCUCAAGCUUUUCGAGGUCCAAUGAACGUGUAUGCACAGCUUGGCGAUGUUGCGGGAGCCGAACGCGAGUUUCGAAUUAUGACGGAACAGUACGGGGUAAAGCCCGAUGUCGACACAUGGAACAUGCUUCUUAAAUGCUAUACAAAGACGAACGAUCACGCUCGUGUCUUUCAAUGCUUCGAAGAGAUCAAGAGCGUCCACCAGCCGGACUCCUUCACCUAUGCACAAGUCAUGGCAAUGGCAGCCAAGAAAGGAGACCUUGCAACUACAUUGGACUUCUACAAUCAGUCCCAGAAAGCUGGUGUACAGAUUUCAAGGGAGAUGGCAAUGGCUUUGGUCCUGGUUUACUGUCACAACGAUCGCUUCGUAGAUGCUGAGAAAAUUUGUGCCGAGUUUGCCGAACGCAAUUCCAUGACAAAAUAUGGAUUGGAGUGGGAUCACCAAACCCACCAGUAUCUGCUUCAGGCUCUGGUCCAAGUCAACCAAGUCCAGCAGGCAUAUCGACUGCUUCGAAAUGCCUGCGACAAUAGCCUCUUUCCGCUUGGUCCAGAGCACUUUGCAGUAGUCAUGACUGGUGCCGUUCGUACAGGUCAACUAGAUCUAGCGGAGACAGUUCUAUCACACAUGCGGUCUGCUGGCUUCACCGUGCCUCUCAAUGCGCAUGUGUCUCUUGUUGAGGCUGCGUUCCGUCGAGCCCCGUCAGCGCAGAACACGAGAGCGUUGGCCAAAGAUCUUGUGGAACACCUGUACUCAAUGCUUCAGCCCACCAAGACCACAGUACCGAGCGGAAGCCCAGAUGUACCAUCACGCGGUACACUAACUGGGCUUGUUGAGCUGAAAAGGCAAACCAAUGAGAUUGGCCGAGCAAUCAUGCUACUCGUAGAACUCAGGGAUUUUGUGGCUGUUGAGCGGCUGGUGACGGCAUACCUCGACGUGUUUCCUGAAUUCAAGAAACAAAACUACUUUCCUCCCAACAUUGCUUCUGCCUUGAUGCUGGGCUAUCUUAAGGAGGGGAAACGUGGCCAAGUUCAUGAUAUGUGGCAGCAUACGUUGGAUGCCGCUCUAGCCAGCGGCAAGACUCCCGAAGGCGCCAUCUAUCCCGCCCUUCAAUACGAUCUUGCACGACCGCUCAACGUUGUUGCCAAGGCAUACCGAGAAGCCAACGAUGGUCUCGGCCUCCUCAACACAGUUGAACAACUCACAAGCGCCGGCUUCAAACUCACGAGCACAAACUGGAACCUCUGCAUCCGCUACCUAGCCGAAAUGGGCCUAUGGGAACGCGCAAUGGACUGGUGUGAGGAUCACCUCAUGAGCCGCUGGCGAGGUUGGAUGCCCGCUACCAAGUCCCUCCAAGAACGACGAGACAUGAAAAAUACCCGUGUCCCCGCAGCCUCUAAAGCCACCGUCUUCAGCCUCCAAAAGGAAUGGCUCAAGCUCCGCAAACUCGCCGCCUGGUCCGGUGACAUAUCUUCCAAGCUCAAGGAAAUCGAACGCCGUCACCCCAUGCUACACCACGCCUUCAUCACCACAGACUACGAACACCUACCCGCUACGUGGGUCCUCCCCAGGAAGCAGAGCAUGACAAAGGCUAUAAAAAAUAUGCUUCGCCCAUUGUCCUACGAUGAAUUGAAAGCAAUGAAAAAGGCUCUUGAAAAGCAGCUGCGGCUAGAAAAGCAAAAGACACGUAAAGUAGUGCGUUCUCCGUUUCAUGUCGUUGUAGGACGGUCAAAGACGCAGGGCGAGGUUUUGACAAAGGCCUUCAAGACUGGUGAUUUGGAGGCCUUGGACUCCGUGUUGAAGAAGGAGCUUGUGGCCAGUAGAGGGGACUCAUCUACACCUGCCUAA